GCCACUUGGGGCCGUAUGGUCCGUUGUUGGAGGAAUCGGAUACUCUGCUCAGCAAAGCGCCCCACAACGCCCCGAGCCUCAGCUCCCCUCUCGUGUCCUGGAAGCAGUACUUUGUUUGGAGACGUCUGAAGUUGACGUCUCCUGUGGCUGCUCUCCUCAGCUCUCCUCUCUCCAUCUACUACAUCAUCACUUCUUUGGUGCCUCGCGACUUCCCUGAACUGAACAUAUUGAAGAAGCAAUCUUUGAAGAUCCAUAUCAUCGAGUCCUACCGGGAGUUCAACUCUCUGCUAGUGUUUUGGGAGCUGUCAGUGCUCCUGCCCCACAUGAGCUUUGAGCUGUGCUUCAUAGGAGAGAGAUUGCCCCCAGAGAGCGACGAACAGCAGUACAUCCUGCAGAAGAAAGAAGGCCUAGUGACACUGGUCAGUCCCAGCUUUUCAUCAGAAGAUAAGAUUGACAAGAAGAGCGUCCGGGUCAAAGUUUACAGACGGGUUUAUCACAUGCUCCAGGGUUCCAAACCCGACCUGGUGAUAGGAUUCAGACCAGCCAUUCCAUUGCAUGACUUGUGGGUCAGCACUCUCCCGAGGUUACAGUCUCUCAAGGUGCCUGCAUAUUUCUGUGAGUUGAGCGAGCCCAGCUGCGAGGGCAGCCUGCCGGUGAUGAGUUCCGCCACAGGGGGCGCCCUUUCCCCUGCCCAUCUCAACCCCUUCCACUGCCCCCUACGCAUCUGCGGUGGAGAUAACCUGCUGCCCUGGUACUCCAAUGCAUUCAUCUUUCACCUCGUGUACAAACCUGCUGUAUCCUGCCCGCUACGGCCCUCUCUGGCCAAUCCCCAGCCAAUGGGGCCUGUCGAGCAGCAGCAAGCGGCCAAUCAGAGGGCAGGUGCCAGGCAGAGCCCGCCCCCUAUGCAGCCCAAGUUGACCCGAAAAGAGAGGAAGCAGGCAGCCCGGAACAUGCCUCGCAAACGCAAAUGAGAGCAUGUGCACGUGACCAUGCAUACUCAUGCAUGUGAUAGUGUGCUGGUCCAAAUAUGGGCACAAUCCAACCCCAAAUGCACAAAAGACACCCACACGAACCCACGUAAUGCAGCACCACACAACAGACUCCCAUAAGCACUCAUUAGGAAAGACACAGCUAGAAA